AUGAACCAGACAUGCUUUCCCAGGUCAACUUUGCUGGUCCGUCAAUCAUGGAUGCCCUGCACUCAUCUACAUCACUAUGAAUCAUACGAUUCGGCGGGAAUACAAAAAAUUAAUUUUCCGGGUUACGGCUACCAUAACAAUCAUCACCGGGGAAACGGCGGAGGCGGAAGCGGAGGCUACCAACCUCAACACAACCAAUACAACAACGAUCACGGCUACACCCCAUACAACAAUCGACCAUCGACAAGCGGUGGACAAUACUCGCCACGUGGCGGUCCCUCAUCCUCAAUGAACAUCACACAUACCACAUUCGCCCCGAAUGCUCAACGAGAAGAGCCUACGAUCAUAUUGCCGCCUGUCAAAAUCACGAUACCAGUUGCAACGACGUCUCCGGUGGUCACGACUUCUGCUCUGUCAGCUCAAGACUCACCUGCAUCCAGUAUCCGAUCCUCUGGUCCAGUGUCAACGAACCAAUUCUCGUUCCCACCACCAUCAGUUCCACAGUCGCCAGCCCCACCGACGCCACAACCGAUUCAAGCGCUUCAGAAUCAGCAGCAACAGAUUCAGAAGCAGGUUCAGGCUCAGGCUCCAAUUCAGAUGCCAAAGAGAGUAGAAGUGUCCCAACCGCUCACGUUGAACACCUCCCUUCCUUCUAAAAUGAGUGGUCCACCAUCUGCAACAUCAUCUGUGAACUCUCCAAGAUUGACUACGCCCAUCAGAUCCUUGGCUCCAGUCACCCCAGUGACGCCAAGUGUCAUUCCACAGGUUCCGAUGGUUCUGAAUCAGCCACCACCGCCAGUGAUGCCACAGAUGAUGAUGUCGGUUCCGCCGCCAACGCUGAUGGCUCAGAUGAGACAGCCACCACCGACGAUGUUGUCACAAGGCGUUUUUCCUAUUGAUGUGACUGUUCCACCGCCAAACUUCUCCGCUCCACCACCACAACUGCCACCACCUCCUGUCGCAGGCAUUCCACCACAUUUGAUGAUGUAUCAACAGGCUCCGCCCCUCGUGACUCCGCCCACACCCGCCCAAUUCUCAUAUCCACCACCACAAUUUAAUCCACAUUGA